AUGUGUACUAAAGUUCCAUCUGAUGUGAAAGAAGAAAUGAUUAAGUUACUGUCCAAGAAGAUCGAUAACAAGCAAAGGGAGAAUAGGGAGAAAGAAGAUGAUAGAGUUGAAGUUGAUUUGAGCCAUUCUGAAGGAGAGGAACACAUUGAUGUUGAUGGAAAUUCAGUUGUUGUGUUGAAGAAGGUGACAAGCAAAGGUGCUUCUUCAGGGGGUCCUAUGGACAAGUACUGUAAAAUGACACCAAAAAAAGUAGUGGCUGCAAGGAAGGGCAAAUCUGGUGUUGCUGAAAAGGUCCAGUCCAAGAUAUCAACUGAAAAAAGGAAAGAGAAAAGAGACAGAGCAUUUUAUAGUGCAUAUGGUGUUUGUUUUCUUGAUUCAGUGGAUUGCUCAGCUGUGAAGAAGGAUGGCAGAGUUUUAGACCUAAUGAGGAAGUUUCUUUCUAGAGAUUUGGUAAGGUGUGGUGUUACAAGGUUUGCAACAGCUUAUCACAACUUGAAGAGCUUACUAGAAAACAAGAAAGAAUUGCAGAGGCUUUUUAGGGAUGAUGAGCUCAGUGAACUCGGUUACCUAAAAAGUGCCAAAGGGAAGAAAGCAAACAAUGUAGUCAAAUUUAAAACUUUCUGGAAAGGAGUUGAGACUGUUGUUCAUUACUUUGAGCCAUUAGCUAUUGUGUUGAGGAGAAUUGAUAGUGAUGUUCCAGCCAUGGGGUUCUGGUAUGGUUAUCUAGUAGAAGCUAAGAAUGAGAUCUCUAGGAGGUUUAACAAUGACAGGAGCAAGUUUGAGGAUGUUUUUUACAUCAUUGACAAAAGGUGGGACAAAGAUGAAGAUAACGAGAUCACUGGCAUUGAGCCAACAGAAGAAGAUUUAGAGCAGGAAGAAAAAACUAGAGCAUUAUCACAAGGAGUUGUAGUUGCACCUCAAAGAGUAGAAAGAAAUAAGAAAACCUUAAAGAGCAAGAACAGAAAGGGGCUAAUCCCUACAUUUGAGCAUGAGGAGUCAUCUCCAUCUUCUGAUGGAGAAGAUGAUAAUGAUAUUGAUAUGCUAUCUAGUUCUGGUUCUGAGGAUGUAGUUGUUAAACCAUACAGUCCUUACUAG